UUUUCCCCCGUUGAAGGCUUUAGUUCUACGUCGACCUUACAACGUGUUAGUUCGUUGCCAUCAACUCGGCGAACUGAAGUGUGCGCGUAAAGUAAAUAAGUGCGUGUGAUUUUUUGUUAGUGAGUGUGUUGUUUUUGUAGUUGAAAUAUUUGACUGUGUGUCAUCGUACAGAAAACUUUUGCAAUGCAUUUUGUGUAUUAGCUAUUCCUUGCUGGUGAAACUGCGUUAUUUUAGCAGGCUGUAAAAAGUACUUGACAUUGUUGAAUAGAAAAGAAAAUUCCUGUGACGAUUUCUAAUUGAAAAAAAAUUUAGGAAAGCAGUUUCAAUAUUUGAAGAAAUUUGAAAAAAAAAACAACUUUAACAAAGUGCAUUAAUAAUAUAGUCAACAAAUUCUGUUAGAGAGCACGCCACCUUGAAAAUAAUCAUAACAAAAUCAACAACAAUGCGACACCGACAGCGCUCAAUACACACACACAAUGCGAUAUCUCACCUUUUGGUGUUAACGCUACUAAUAGCUGCGCCCAUCGCGUCAAGCGCCGCCAGACACUCGCGCACCGGCUUACCUGACAAUGAUAAGCCAGCUGUUGUGGCUACAGGUGUAACACCAAAAGCGCAAUUAGAGGAAGGAAGGUAUGACAGCGGCAAUUCAGCAGCGAUUGUCGCAAGUGAAGCGCAGAAAACUGGGAGUGCUCCCGUUGCGACAAAGGAUGAUUCAACAGCGGCGCUAGAGAACAAUGAGGGAAAAGCUCUGUCACAGAAAGAAGUAGAAACAAAAGACGCAGAGCAAUUGCAGCAAGAAAACAAGGAGCUGCAGAUCGAUAUUGGUGAUAUUGGUGAUGAAGACAUCGAAUUCAUAGAUAAUGCCGGCGAAGACAGUAGUGAUAUUGGCAAUGAUCAAGACAGCAAUUUACAUGAGUGUGACAAAGAGUUAAUUGGUUUCGAAAUUACUACGGGUUAUGUCUUCUCGGCUCCCGGAAAGUUGUUAACUUCAAUGCCCGGUACCUUGAUGUUAACCGACUGUUUGGACGCCUGUCGUAAGGAUGCCGCCUGCCAUUCGGCAAACUAUGAAACUGGUUUAUGUGUACUCUUCUCGGCGAACGCAGAUAAGUUGCCAGGAGCUCUUGCCAAGUCUCAGUUCCCCGUCUUUACGCUUUAUGCCCAAAAGUCUUGUCUCAACAAACGUCCUUGCUCUCGUGCCUGGUAUAUCGAUCGUGUUCAGGGCCUGAAAUUGAAUGGCUAUGUGAAGCGCAAAUUCCCAGCUGAAACACGUCGUGAUUGCAUAGAGUUAUGUUUGGCUCAAACGGAGUUCACGUGCAGAUCGGCCAAUUUCGAACGCAUUACAAAAACUUGUGAACUCUCCGAAAUGGAUCGCAUGACGCUGAGCGUCAACAGCGCAUUCCAGCAGCAAGCGACUGUCGAUUAUCUGGAGAAUAACUGCGCCGAUGAGCCAAAUAAAUUGUGUGAAUUCAAGCGCUUACCCGGACGCAUAUUGAAAACGGUCGAUUCGGUGUAUCAGGAUAUUGGCAGUUUUGAUGAGUGUCGUGAUUUAUGUUUGAAUGCGCCAUACAGAUGCCACUCGUAUGACUAUGGCGAUACCGGUGAUAUGGUCUGUCGUCUCUCGCAUCAUAGCCGCAUCACACUUAACGACGUACAAGACCCUUAUCUGGAUGUACCCGAAGCGACGACUUACGAACUUUCAUCGUGUUACAAUGUGACGAUCGAAUGCGGCGCCGGCGAUAUGAUUGCGCGCAUACGCACCUCAAAACUCUUCGAUGGCAAGGUGUACGCGAAGGGCUCUCCCAAAUCAUGCGCGGUGGAUGUGAAGAACUCACUGGAAUUUGAACUGCAUAUGGGUUAUCAAAAUCUCGAAUGCAACGUGCGUCAAAGCAACACUGGUCGUUAUAUGAACGAUGUGGUGAUACAACAUCACGACACUAUUGUGACCUCCUCCGAUUUGGGUUUGGCUGUGACGUGUCACUAUGAUUUGGCAAAUAAAACGGUGUCAAAUAAGGUGUUGCUCGAUAUCAAGGAUGACUUCGAGCCGGCUUUGAGUGAAGAAGUGAUUGUCGAUUCGCCGAAUGUGUUGAUGAAGAUCACGUCACGCGACGGCAGUGAUGUGAUGCGUACCGCAGAAGUUGGUGAUCCGUUGGCGCUGAAGUUUGAGAUUCUUGAUGCUCAGAGUCCGUAUGAGAUAUUUGUGCGUGAGCUCGUGGCCAUGGAUGGUAGUGAUAAUGCGGAGAUUACAUUGAUCGAUUCACAUGGUUGUCCAACCGAUCAAUUUAUAAUGGGUCCCAUUUACAAGAGUUCGGGUUCGGGUAAAAUUUUACUCGCACACUUUGAUGCCUUCAAGUUUCCCACAUCGGAGUUGGUACAAUUCCGCGCUUUGGUCACACCCUGUAUGCCUAGCUGUGAGCCGGUGCAGUGCAAUCAAGAGGAUAUUGGCGGUGAAUUCAAGUCAAUGAGUUCAUAUGGACGCAGACGACGCGCGCUGAACGGAACAGCUUUUGAGGGCGCUGUAUACACCUCCAACGAACUGCAACAACAACUGCAGGAGGAGCAACAGCAACAACUAAUAAACCGACAACAACUUUUACGCCUGCGCAGUAAACGUGCUGCAGUUGCCUCCACCUCUACCACGACCAAGCAGCCUAGUCAAGAAGAUCUGCUGUUGGUGCAAUCAAUUCAGAUCACCGACAAAUUUGGCUUCGACAAGCAACGCCAACAGAAACAUACCAAGGCGAACGAUGACAACGAGAAGACACUCAUUGGUGGCGUAGUUGAGCUCGGAUAUUGCGUUAAUGGCAUCGGUCUUGUAUUAGCUGUCACCGUUUUUCUGCUAGCACAAUUGGCUAUAAUUGCUGUCUGGACCUACUUGCGUCAACGGAGGCGAAAGCCCACCGGAAGUGAAAGACCCAGCAGUUCGAAAGCUUACACCACGCGCUCUGGCAACACUGCAAAAAGCGCCACAGCUAUGAACAAAAGCUCAUCAAGCACACGAACGGAGUCGCUGUGCAAAGUUUACGACCGAGCUUUCGAUGGGCGUCAUGGAAGGCAAUUUUAAAUAAAUAUACAAGAUUUUUGCAAAUAAAAUUUGGUAGAAGGGACACAACCGUGGAUUAUAAUUUAUAUGGAAAGUUCUAAUUUGAAGAGAAAAUGAAGGACACACGAAUUUAGAAUAAGAUAAGCAGUAAUUAGAAGAAGCGAAAAUAGUUUACAUUUUUAUUUAAUAUUUAAUCGAAUCAUUAGUAAGUAUAACGCAGAAACUCAUGAAAAUAUGCACUUCAAUUUAACUAUUUAUUAUAAAUGCCAUGAAUUCUUAAUUGACUUAAUUUAGAAGCAUAAAUACGACACAUUAAUAGGCGUUUUGGGCAACCACUUAAAUGAAUCAAUUAGAAAAUGGCUCUACAUAUUUGUUUGAACACAUUCUUAAUUGACUAAAUUAGUGGUUUGUUUGAAACGACUAUAAGUGUGUCUGUCUCAAAUGGAGACAAUUAAGAAAUAUUUUAUUGCAUUUAUUUUAACUCAAUCAAUUUAUGUUCGUUUAGUAGAAAACUAAAAUAUACUCCCAUCUAUUUAUUUAAUAAGCAUACGCAUAUUUUUAAUUUAGUCCAUUAAGUUAAAAAUGCAAAAGAGUUCGA